CAGACUCUCCUACCACCCUCCUCGCCGCCGCUCGCCGCCAUGGGUCGCAUGCACAGCAACGGGAAGGGCAUGUCGUCGUCGGUGCUGCCCUACAAGCGGGAGGCCCCGGCCUGGGUCAAGGCCACGGGGCCAGACGUGGAGGAGCUCAUCAUCCGUGCCGCCAAGAAGGGCCAGCUGCCGUCGCAGAUCGGCGCCCUCCUCCGCGACGGCCACGGCGUCCCGCUCUCCAGCGCCGUCACCGGCGCCAAGAUCGUGCGCCUGCUCAAGGCGCGCGGGCUGGCCCCGGCCAUGCCCGAGGACCUCUACUUCCUCGUCAAGAAGGCCGUCGCCAUCAGGAAGCACCUGGAGAGGAACCGGUCGGACGUGGACGCCAAGUUCCGCCUCAUCCUCGUCGAGAGCAGGGUCCACCGCCUCAGCCGCUACUACCGCGUCAACAAGAAGAUCGCCCCCUCCUGGAAGUACGACUCCACCACCGCCAGCACCCUCGUCGCCUGAUUCGGUUAAGCUUUGCUCCCGUGACUUGGCUCUCUACAGCUUUGGAGUUCGGUUUUCUUUUAAGUAGCAAGCAGUACUUUUAGCUAUGCAGUAAGAUGUAACACCCAGUCCUUUGGAUUUUAGCUAUGUAGUAAGCUGUAACAACCAGCUUUGGAGUACAAUCUAUCUUUCAUGCACCUGGAGAGAAGUAUUUUGAGGGCCUGCUGAGACUGGAUCAGAGUUAAGAUUAUGCACAAUGUGUUGGAGUUUGGUAUCUUUGAGUUGGUUGGUGAUGCUUUCCAGACUCCAGUGAUGUAUUGCUAUCACUAAUCCUGCAAUGAAACUAGACAAUGUGGUCUUCAUGUUUA